AAAUAAUGGCAAAACAUGUAUCUGACUUGUAUCAAGAAUUUGCAAAACAAUUCUCAAAACUCUAUAAUAAGUAAACAAACCAUAAAAGUGAGCAAAAGAUUUGAGCAAACACUUCACCAAAAAGAACAAAUAAGCUCCUCACAGCAACAGGGCUUCCCUUCCUCAGCUCGGCGCCAGGGGCUCCCCCGCGGCGCCACCGCCGCCGCUGCCGCCGCCGCCGGCCGAUCCUCACUGUGUUUGUGGCCCGCGGCCGCCAGGCAGUUUAUGUUGGUUUUUAGUCGUCAGGGAAAGCUUCGACUGCAGAAAUGGUAUGUCCCACUGUCAGACAAAGAGAAGAAAAAGAUCACAAGAGAACUUGUUCAAACCGUUUUAGCAAGGAAACCUAAAAUGUGCAGCUUCCUUGAGUGGCGAGAUCUGAAGAUUGUUUACAAAAGAUAUGCUAAUCUGUAUUUUUGCUGUGCUAUUGAGGGUCAGGACAGUGAACUAAUUACCCUGGAAAUAAUUCAUCCUUACGUGGAAUUACUUGACAAGUAUUUUGGCAGUGUGUGUGAACUUGAUAUCAUCUUUAAUUUUGAGAAGGCCUAUUUUAUUUUGGAUGAAUUUCUUUUGGGAGGGGAAGUUCAGGAAACAUCCAAGAAAAAUGUCCUUAAAGCAACUGAACAGGCCGAUCUCCUGCAGGAACAGAAUACGUAUCACAGUAGGAGUUUCAAUGAGUGAUCUAAGAAAAAACCC